AUGAAGGAUAAGUACAAGAUACCUCUGAAACCGGACGCAGUAUCAGUUUGUCUAUACACACCCCGACGUGUACCGCACCCACUUCUCCCUAAGGUCAAAGAGAAGCUACUGGCCAUGGUUCGUCAGAAGGUAAUCUCACCAGUAAGUGAGCCCACAGACUGGUGCUCAGGCAUGGUGAUCGCUCCCAAGCGCAAUGGUGAUGUAAGGAUCUGCGUUGACCUGACACCGCUGAACAAGGUGGUAAAACGAGAGAUCCACCCUAUGGCAAGUGUCGACGAGAACUUGGCAAAGCUUAAGGACAGCAAAGUCUUCACCAAGCUAGACGCCAACUCUGGAUUUUGGCAAAUACCCCUCGACGAGGAGUCUCGGUUGCUCACCACCUUUGUCACACCAUUUGGCAGGUACUGCUUCAACCGCCUCCCAUUUGGAAUCAGCUCAGCCCCUGAGAUAUUUCAGCGUACCAUGUCUCGAAUCCUAGAGGGCCUCGAUGGCACAGUUUGUCACAUGGAUGACAUCCUCAUACAUGGGCCGACACAGGAGCUUCACGACAGCCGUGUCCGAAAAGUGUUACAGCGGCUCAAGGACGCUGGAGUCACAUUGAACGAGAAAUGUGAGUUCUCUAAACAGCGCAUGAAGUUUCUCGGGCAUGUAAUCUCGGAGGAUGGGGUAGAAGCAGACCCGGAGAAAACCAAAGCAAUCCAAGAUUUUCCCCGACCUACCACUGUGACAGAGCUCCAGCGUUUCAAUGGUAUGGUCAACCAGCUGGCCAAAUUUAUACCCGACCUAGCAACCAUCAAUGAGCCCCUACGCCAGCUACUUAAGAAAGAGCAGCAGUGGCUUUGGGAUCAGCCUCAGGAAAAGGCCUUUCAGGCGAUCAAGACGAAACUGACCUCUACAGAUGUGCUGGCACACUACGAUCCAAACAAACGAAGCAUCGUCGCUGCCGAUGCAUGCCAGGAUGGGCUUGGAGCAGCCUUACUGCAAAGCGACAGCAGCGGUAACCGGCGCCCAAUUGCCUUCGCUUCACGCUCUCUAAACGACACGGAGAAGCGAUACGCAGUCAUCGAGAAGGAGGCGCUGGCCGCCACGUGGGCAUGUGAAAAGUUCUCAGACUACAUCCUUGGGACACCAUUCACCCUAGAAACGGACCACCGCCCACUGGUACCCCUUCUCUCAAGCACAGACCUCUCCAAGCUGCCCCCGAGGGUUUUGAGGUUUCGCCUCCGAAUGGCCAGGUAUUCACCAGAGGUCACUUACGUGCAAGGAGUGCACCAAAACACAGCGGACGCCCUGUCUCGUGCACCCACAGGCAGUCCCACUCCCCAGGACUUAAAACAAAUCGAGGAAUUAGAAGAACACAGCGAAUCAGUCCUAGAGUCCCUACCUGCAACGGAACGGCGCCUCAAAGACAUCCAGGAAGCCCAGGACUGCGACGCCAUAUGCAAGCAGGUGAAGACCUACUGCUUAGAGGGAUGGCCUCCCAUUAUGCCAUCCCUACCACUCCUAAAGCCAUACUGGGAGAAGAAGCAACACUUGACGGUCAACCGAGGAAUCCUGAUGUAUGAUCACAGGCUAGUUAUCCCCUCAAGCAUGCAACUAGAGAUGCUGAAGACCAUUCAUGAAGGCCAUCUUGGCAUUACCAAGUGCCAAGGGCGCGCGAGCUCCUCGGUGUGGUGGCCGCUCAUAACCAAGCAGAUAGAAGCAAUGGUCAACAGAUGCCAAACUUGCGCCAAACUUAGACCAGAGCCAAGAGAACCCCUUAUGGCGCUGUCUUUCCCAAACCUACCAUGGAGCCGGGUCGGUACAGACCUCUUUGAACUAGAGCAGACCGACUACCUUAUCGUUGUCGACUACGCAAGCCGAUGGUUUGAAAUCCGAAAGCUAGGAUCAACUACCUCAGCUGCAGUCACGCGCCACAUGUGCGAGAUCUUUGCUCUGCACGGAAUACCGGACACAGUCGUCUCGGAUAACGGACCCCAGUAUGUUAGCCAGGAAUUUACCAACUUUGCCAAGGACAUGGGGUUCACCCACAUCACCUCCUCUCCACACUACCCACAAGCAAAUGGUGAGGUCGAAAGAGCGGUUCAGACCGCCAAGAACAUCCUGCAAAAGAACACAAACCCACACCUUGGUCUCCUAGCAUACCGUUCUGCCCCCCUGGCAAACGGCCUAACCCCUAGUGAGAUUCUGAUGGGGCGGAAACUGCGUAACAAGUUGCCAUCGGUCCCCGAGAACCUAAAACCCCGAAAGAUCGACCAAGAACAGCUGCUUAAGAGAGAACAAGAAUAUCGAGAGCGCUACUCCAAUAACUACAACUCUCGCCACAGAGCUGUGGAACUCCCAACACUCCACCAAGGGGACAAGGUGUUCAUAAGGGACCAGCAAAGGUACGGAGAGAUAGAGAAGAAACUUGCAGGCCCGAGAUCCUACCAACUGGUAACAGAAAAUGGCUCAGAGAUCAGAAGGAACAGAAGAGCGUUAGUCCAUGAACCAGUGGCGACAUCUGGAGAGUCCAGCUCCCUACCGAGCCCUUCCAACCGACCCCCAGUACGCGAAGGAGGAGAAGGAUCGCCAGGACCUGCUGCGUCUCCCUCCCCUAGCCCAUCUAAGGCAGUAGUUAGAAGGUCGGGCAGACUUUUAAAGCCCACUAAUAAUCCAGACAUGAUUUAUUAUUAG